GCCUGCCACACCCCCGCUGGGGGAAGAAGGGGGCGGCGGCUGGAGCGCUGGGAUAUACACUUCCCCGCCAGGUUGGGCGCUCACCAGCAGGCGGGCUCCGGUUGAGGCGGGGCUGGGAGCUGGAUUCCCCGUUGCUUCUCUGCUUUCUGGAGCGAGCGCCGGCCGGAGGAGGAGAACUCGUAGGCGCGCUGGUCGUUUGCCCGAAGCGCUCGGCUGCUGGGUCGGAGCAGCCGUGUCCCUCUCUUGGCAGGGCUCUUCCUUUGCAACUAUGUCUUCUUCUUCUUCAGCCUCGCCUCCUUUCGUUAACCCUUUCCCCCGACCUCGCUGCUUGGCCGCCGCCGCUCCAGCCGACAAAGCGAAGCUGACCCAUCUGGGCAAAGCGAUUCUGGCAGGUGGCAUUGCUGGUGGCAUUGAGAUCUGCAUUACAUUCCCUACAGAGUAUGUGAAAACUCAACUCCAGUUGGAUGAGAAAGCUAAUCCGCCACGCUACAAAGGCAUUGCGGACUGUGUGACGCAGACUGUCAAAGGCCAUGGCAUCAAAGGACUUUACCGAGGUCUCAGUUCAUUGGUCUAUGGCUCCAUACCGAAGGCCGCCGUGAGGUUUGGCAUGUUUGAAUUCCUCAGUAAUCAAAUGAGAGAUUCACAAGGGAAGCUGGAUAGCACACGUGGCCUCCUUGCCGGCCUGGGGGCUGGUGUGGCUGAAGCAGUGGUGGUCGUGUGCCCCAUGGAAACCGUCAAGGUGAAAUUUAUCCACGACCAGUGCUCACCAAAGCCAAAGUAUCGAGGUUUCUUCCAUGGAGUGAGAGAGAUAGUUCGGGAACAAGGCUUGAAGGGAACAUAUCAAGGCUUAACAGCCACUGUCCUAAAACAGGGAUCAAACCAGGCUAUCCGCUUUUAUGUAAUGACGGCACUCAGGAAUUGGUACAAAGGUGAUGAUCCCAACAAAGUGUUCAACCCUCUGGUCACUGGGAUAUUUGGUGCUCUUGCUGGAGCUGCUAGUGUGUUCGGCAACACCCCAUUGGAUGUCGUGAAGACUAGGAUGCAGGGUCUUGAAGCACACAAAUAUAAGAGCACUUGGGAUUGUGCCUACCAGAUCAUGAAAUAUGAAGGGCCCUUUGCGUUUUACAAGGGCACUGUCCCCCGUCUGGGCCGAGUGUGCUUAGAUGUGGCUAUUGUGUUCAUCAUCUAUGACGAAGUGGUCAAGCUACUCAACAAGGUGUGGAAAACUGACUGAAAUGGACGUGGUGGGGAGCAGUGGUGCCGUCUCCACACCUGCCAGGCAACAGCUGGGAGAAAAAAGAUGUGACCAACCUCCAAGGGCAUUCUAGGGGCGUCUCUGCAUGAGUGCGCCUGGAGUGCAUCUGAGCCUCCUUCCUACGCUGCGAACAGGACACUAAUCCAGUCCCCAAACAGCUGCUUCCAUAUCAAGCUUCCUGACUCAUAUUUAUCAGAAAGAACUUUGGAGAAUUUUAAAUUAUUGAUUGUGUGGUGACGUGACCAUAGAAGAUGGGGUGGGAUGGGGGAUUGGAGGGGGAAACAAGCCUAGAUACCAUCUGCAAGACCAUCUCUGCAAUUUGGAGGAGUGGGGAUAGGAUUUGUUUCAGUGCCCAUGAGAAAGGGAGAAAAGAAACAUUCCUUCUCCCCACCCCCACAUGCUAGAGUGCAGUUCAAGCCAAGUUGCCUUUUACAAAUAUGUACUAAUUUAGGGUAUGGGUUUGGGUUUUCUUUGCCAGUGUUAUGGUUCUUUGCCUUUCCCAUUGAAGGGCACUAUAAAGAUCCAGUAUUGGAGCAGUAGCUAGGGAGAACUCUGCAGAAAGAGCACGAGGGAUCUCAGCUAUUCUACUCCUAUAAUUUGCCAGCAGUGGGUCUUUAGGGAUUGCUAUUGACUUGCCUGCUUAGUGGAGGCAUCCCAGAGAAACCCUAAGGGCCUGGGGGCGGGGUGGAUUGGAUGCACAGUGGUCUUCAUUCGUCUCUUGUUCCAUCACCCAUAGUGUUGAACUUUGCACAUGUUUCAGGAACAGUGGAUGUGGGGGCAGAGAGAACGCUUGGAGGCUUUUGACAAAACAGAAAUGUAAUUCAUUCCAUAAAUCCUCCUCCCAACAGCUUCUCUCAGCAGCUUCCUUUGUGACCCUCGUCUAGUCCUUUUUAGUCAGAAGUAGGCCUCUUAGGCCCAAGCUUGAUGUGAUGAUGGGAGAUCUGGUGGAGGCUCUCCUUAAGUUUUCACAAAUAGCCUAAAGUUGGGGCUGGGGGAAGGAAUGGCUUUCUUUUAUGCUGUUUUCAGAAGAACAGGCUGUUUGGUCCUGGAGGGAACUUACAGAGGUGUUCCAUGGCAUAUAUUUAUGUUUCACAUGAGGUUGUGCAGGUGUGGUAUGUAAAUAGAUAGAAAGGAAAGGCCUGACCACUUUUCAGCCAUGCCAGAGCCUCAGUCUGACCCCAACCCCCCUCAGUUGUUUACAGAGGUGUAUUUUUUAUUAUUUUUUAAAGCGUAAGAGACCUAAUAUUGGAUCUCCCAUUUUGACAUUUAGUUUGGCCUUUUAAAUUCAGGGGUCUGACAUGUGUGUGCUUGCUGGCUCAAGAUCACAUGAAGAGGUUCUGUGUAGAGGCCCCUAUUUUGGGCAUAGGUGGCAGGGUGGCAGUUGUCUACCACUGGAACCCUUUCAACCACUCAGGUCACAUCUGAUUCUUAGUCUCCCCUCAAAGAUUUCUUAAAGCUGACAUGUUUUUGUCAUUGGGUGCCCCUCUUCCAUGGCCCUUUUUACAUUUUUCCUCAGUUAUUUCUGAGGCAAGUUAAACCCCUGCCCAGUCCAUAUCAUUAGCUUGUUUACAGUGAGAGUUGAGGCAAGGCUGAGCAGAAAGACAGAACAGCUGGUAAUGUGGCUUUUAUCCCUUAGAUUCAGCUUCAUGAUACACUGGGCAGCCAAGUCCUCCCCAGUGAAACAGUUCCUUCUUUUUAAAUAGUGUGUUGCUGUCUCAUUGGAUUCCUUUGUUUUGAGGGCCAUUACAAGUCUCUUGAGAACAAGUUUGGACAAACAUGAGGCUCACACUGCAUGCGAAAGGGACUAUCCCCAUCUCUUUGUCCAGGUGCCAAGGAUAUCGCAAUGAUUCCAUGACCAAUUUGUGCCAAAUCUUUUAUGUCCAUGUCUGGUAUAUUAGUGGUGGUGGUGGUGGUUUCCCGUCCCUUGUUUUGUUAUGUACUGUUUAAUUAAGUGCAGCCUGUUGUAGGAGGGAGGAGACAGACCUGGGAAAAACCCAAGCGAGAUCUGGUGCUCUUUUGCAACAAUUGAGAUAGAAUCACAGAAUGAAUAAAAAGGAUAUUAUGAACUUCUGAAAGUGUUGGACCUUAAACCAGGAUAUGAAGCACUUAAAAGAUUUCCGCUUGGGAGUAUAUCCAACUAAAUGUGCAUGUUGGCUAUAUAUCUUAUUUCCUGGAAUAUUUUACAGAAAUCAGGCCGUUUGGUCUUUUCCACUCACUUGGUUUAUCAAAGGGUGGUCGUCUUAUUAUACACAGGCAUUUGCACAGUACCCUAUCAUUCUUCCAGUUUUGAUAAUGUGGCAAGCUGUGGCAGAUGCUUAGGUUUUGUUGCUCGUAUUUUACCAGCCAAGGAUUUCUUUGAUUGUCCUUCACUUCACUGGCAGACCAACAGUGCAAUGGUUCUCCAUGGAUUUCUGGGUAUUUCCAAAAUUGAGCUGUCUGAUGAAGAUGCCGCGAAUAAAACCAAAGUUGCCUGUUCA